GGAAGUGACUGCCCUCCGCUAAGUAAAGGGGACUUUCACUGCAGAUAUACUGAUCGGGAACUUUCACUGCAGCCACACCGCACCGGGGGAAGUGCCCCUUUUAGUUAUUUAACGCUGGUCACCUCCAGCCUGUAGAUCACUUUUAUUAUUAUUGUCAUUGUCCAUUCCGUAACCGUGGAAGAUGGCCGACCCGGCGGAGUGCAACAUUCAAGUGAUGUGCCGUUUUAGGCCUUUGAACAGUUCAGAGAUUACUAGAGGGGACAAAUACAUCCCUAAAUUUCAAGGGGAAGACACUGUCGUCGUUGGGGGUAAACCGUACAUGUUUGACAGAGUUCUUCAGUCCAAUACCACCCAGGAGCAAGUGUACAACGCCUGUGCCCAGAAGAUAGUGAAAGAUGUUUUGGAAGGCUAUAACGGAACAAUAUUUGCUUAUGGACAAACAUCCUCAGGCAAAACACACACAAUGGAGGGAAACCUCCAUGACACAGAAGCCAUGGGAAUUAUUCCCAGAAUAGUGCAGGACAUCUUCAACUACAUCUACUCCAUGGAUGAAAACCUGGAGUUUCACAUUAAAGUAUCGUAUUUUGAGAUUUACCUUGAUAAGAUCCGGGAUCUUUUGGAUGUCUCAAAAACAAACCUGUCUGUACAUGAGGACAAAAACAGAGUUCCGUAUGUCAAGGGUUGCACUGAACGUUUUGUCUGCAGCCCAGAGGAAGUGAUGGACACUAUCGACGAGGGCAAAUCAAACAGACACGUCGCAGUCACGAACAUGAAUGAACACAGUUCCAGGAGUCACAGUAUUUUCCUGAUUAACGUCAAGCAAGAGAACACACAGACAGAACAGAAGCUCAGUGGUAAACUCUACCUGGUCGACCUGGCAGGUAGCGAGAAGGUCAGUAAAACCGGAGCUGAGGGGGCCGUGUUGGAUGAAGCCAAAAACAUAAACAAGUCUCUGUCCUCACUGGGCAACGUCAUCUCUGCACUGGCCGAAGGCUCGACAUACGUGCCCUACAGAGACAGUAAGAUGACCAGGAUCCUGCAGGACUCACUGGGAGGAAACUGCAGGACAACCAUCGUCAUCUGCUGCUCUCCCUCCUCAUACAACGAAGCCGAAACCAAAUCUACACUGAUGUUUGGACAGAGAGCGAAGACCAUUAAGAACACAGUGACAGUGAAUGUGGAGCUGACUGCGGAGCAGUGGAAGAAGAAGUAUGAGAGAGAGAAGGAGAGGAACAAAACUCUUCGCAACACUAUCACAUGGCUCGAGAACGAACUCAACCGCUGGAGAAAUGGUGAGACAGUGCCCAUGGAGGAGCAGUUCGAUAAGGACAAAGCGAAUGCUGAGGUGUUGGCGUUGGAUAACGUAAUGAAUAACGACAGGUCUGUCUCUACGCCUGGCAUGCCAUCCGUGCCCGGGGUGCCAGGCGUUCGCUUCACCGACGCAGAGAAGGAAAAAUGUGAAGCUGAGCUCUCCAAACUCUACAAACAGCUCGACGACAAGGAUGAUGAGAUUAAUCAGCAGUCGCAGCUGGUCGAGAAACUCAAGCAGCAAAUGUUGGAUCAGGAGGAGCUGUUGGCAUCGUCGCGCCGUGACCAUGACAACCUGCAGGCGGAGCUAACGCGUCUGCAGAUGGAGAAUGAUGCGUCUAAAGAGGAGGUGAAGGAGGUGCUGCAGGCCCUGGAGGAGCUGGCAGUGAACUAUGACCAGAAGAGUCAGGAGGUGGAAGACAAGACAAAAGAGUUUGAACUGCUCAGUGAAGAACUCAGUCAGAAAUCGGCCACACUCACGUCCAUUGACUCAGAGCUGCAGAAGCUGAAGGAGAUGUCUAAUCAUCAAAGGAAGAGGGUCGCAGAGAUGAUGUCUUCGCUGCUCAAGGACCUUGCCGAGAUUGGCAUCGCUGUGGGCAGUAAUGACAUCAAACAGCAUGAGGGCAGUGGUUUAAUAGAUGAGGAGUUCACCGUGGCCAGGCUGUACAUCAGUAAGAUGAAGUCGGAGGUGAAGACCAUGGUGAAGCGCUGUAAGCAGCUGGAAAGCAGCCAAUCAGAGAGCAACAAGAAGAUGGACGAGAACGAGAAGGAGCUGGCGGCCUGUCAGCUGCGCAUCUCCCAGCAUGAGGCAAAGAUCAAGUCUCUGACAGAGUAUCUGCAGAAUGUGGAGCUGAAGAAAAGACAGUUGGAGGAGAAUGUGGAUUCACUCAAUGAGGAGCUGGUCAAAAUCAGUGCACAGGAAAAAGUUCACGCGAUGGAAAAAGAGAAUGAGAUCCAGAGUGCCAAUGAAGUCAAGGAGGCUGUGGAGAAACAGAUUCAGAGUCACAGAGAGGCUCAUCAGAAACAGAUCAGCAGUCUGAGAGAUGAACUGGACAAGAAAGGGAAACUCAUCACCGAGCUGCAGGAUAUGAACCAGAAGAUUAUGUUGGAACAGGAGCGUUUGAGGGUUGAACACGAGAAACUCAAAUCCACUGAUCAGGAGAAGAGCCGCAAGCUGCAUGAGCUCACGGUGAUGCAGGAUCGUAGAGAGCAGGCCAGGCAGGAUCUGAAGGGGUUGGAGGAGACAGUGGCCAAAGAGCUUCAAACACUUCACAACCUCAGGAAACUGUUCGUUCAGGAUUUGGCAACGCGUGUUAAAAAGAGUGCUGAGAUGGACUCUGAUGACACAGGUGGCAGUGCUGCACAGAAACAGAAGAUCUCUUUCCUCGAGAACAAUCUAGAACAACUCACGAAGGUCCACAAACAGUUGGUGCGUGACAACGCGGACCUGCGCUGUGAGCUUCCCAAGCUGGAGAAGCGUCUGCGUGCGACUGCGGAGCGAGUCAAAGCCCUGGAGUCUGCGCUGAAAGAGGCCAAAGAGAACGCAGCGCGCGACCGCAAACGCUACCAGCAGGAAGUGGACCGCAUCAAAGAGGCCGUCAGGGCUAAGAACAUGGCCCGCAGAGGACACUCCGCACAGAUUGCUAAACCUAUUCGCCCAGGGCAGCAGCCUGUGGCAUCCCCCACCCACCCUAACAUGAUUCGCGGAGGAGGAAUGGGAGGCGGCUUCUACCAGAACAGCCAGACUGUGUCCAUCCGGGGGGGAGGGGCCAAACAGGAGAAGAGCUGAAAACUGGACCCAUUUGCUCACUGCAGCACCUACUAGAAGGCAGUUAUCACCAUGGAGACCUGUCAUUCCACUUACAUAAUCCCUCCCAUUGGCUCAUGUGGGCGGAGAUUAAAAUAUAAAUAGUCAUGGCCUGUACAGUUCCACUCCACAUUAUGUUUUGUUUUUUGUUUUUGUUUUUUGUUGCUGUUGUUUGUUUGUUUUUUCCUCAAAAUGCAAAUUAUUUUACAAAUUAGUACAUGAAAAUUGAAUACAUGGGGAAAAAAAAACACCCUAAAACAAACACACACACACACACACACACACAUACGUACACAUACAUACACACACAUACAUACACAUAUAUACACAUAGAAAAGUAAGACACAGACAAAUGUAAACAAGCCAAAACAGUGCACUGCCCACCGUGAUAGGAUCGUUCUCUCUGAUUGUGUUGAUCUGUCCAUUCUGUAAGUUUCCAAGUUUUUGGGUUGUCUGCCCUGUGCCAAGCUCAGUGUUCAUAAGGAACACCGAAGUUCAUCAAAUGCGGCGCAGAAAAAAAAAAAAACGAUGUGAAGACUCAUGUAAUUGAUCCCAGAUAGCCCUCCGUUUGGCUGCUCUCUGCACAACUCUACUGCAUUCUCUAUAGACUCUCUCUGUGUUCAGUUAAUAAUGUCUGAAUGGCAUAAUCUACUCAAAAAAUUCGAUUCGCCAAAAAGCGGAUAUGUUUCUCAAGCUUGAUUCGUUUGGCCUGAAAGCGCUAAAUAGAUAAGACGGACGGAGCUCGUCCGAGAGGGUCAGAAUCGAGACCGUCUGUACUCGUUUGUCAAGCUUUGAGAAGAACCGAUUGCGUUCAGCACUACAGCCGUACUGUAUAGUCAUCGAGUUUCACCCGCACAGGUGAACUCUCCAUAGAUACCAACAGGGACAGACAAUGUUUUAUUCACAGAACCAGAGGUGGAAAGCCUCCCUGAAAACACGUUAUAACGGUUUGUAUUUAUGAAACGUAAGACAGUAAAGUUGCUGAAUUUAAGUGGAGAUGGGUGAUGGAUUGGAGGGAAGGACACUAGACAUGAUUAAUCAAACUUCACUCCUUAGAUUAACACGUUGUUUUAGGUAAUUUAUCAGAUUAUGCUGCAUGGUUUCAUAAGAAUCUAUGUGUCAAAACAUGACGGUCCAUAGAAAGAAUGUCCUGUCACAGAAUCCCAACUCUUACGCCUGUGCACACAAAGCUGAGUUUCAUGAUUCAUUUAGGCCUGUGGUCUCUUAGAGCUAUCUACACUGAGAGAUGAAAUGUGAAAAUGAUUUUAUUUGGACUCGCUGGGAUGUUAAUGUCAUGGGUUUUUUUUUUUGUUUUUUGUGGGGAGAAGGGGAGGGUUGCUCCUCAUGUGUUGUGGCAUCUCUCUUGCCCUUGGUCAUAUUUAAUACCUAAAUGUCCGGUUGUUUCUGAGUGAGCGCGUGGACUUCAGACUGAAGUCCAUGGCUAAUCUGAUUGAUUGAUUGACUGGACCAUCAGCUUAUGAGGUCAUUGUUGGUCAUCCACCUGUCUGCUACUGACCAGCCAAUCAGUUUAGCAGAUAACUUAGCUGACCUCUAUUUGACCUCUAUAGCAAGUCUUUGGUUCAGUGUAAUAUUGCCACAGCAUUUUGUAUUUUACAUUAUAGUAAUAACAAUAAUAACAAUAAUAAUAAUAAUAAUGAUUUCAA